UACAAUUACACACUGACAUAAACACAAACAUGCACACACACAGACAGCAUCACACACACGCAUUCACACGUAUCAUAGGAUAUAUACAUUACACGCAGUCGGACUCGCUCUCUGCUUUGCGCCUCUACACACACACACAUCUCACUUCGGGCUUGCGUAAAACCGAGCCGAGGGCUAGUGUGCGGAAAAUGCUGAACCGAAUGCAUCGAUCGUUCCUACAGAAACCAAAACUCGAAUGCCUCGAAACUCUCGCAUGUUUUAACCAAACAGACAGAAGGCUCUCGCUUCUCAUGAGUUUUUAUUUGCUUCGGAGCCAUUCAAAGAGCGCUAAACCGAUAACCCCCGUUUCAUCUGUACCCUUCUCGCCACAUCAAGGCUCACGAAUAGUACACACACACACAAAACAAAGGAUGGCUAAAUCAAACCUACAGAUACUGCCUUUUUUCACAUAAUGAUAACGUAAAUGCAUAGCCCAGUGGCAUCGAGAUGCUCGAGAGACGAGGUUCCAUUGAUUUGUGAUACGAGUAAAAAUGGGACAAUUUCAAUUAGAACCGCAAAGAGAACAAAAACACCCAAACCCCUUAAAUCGCAACCACAACAGAUGUGGCAUCUCUCACACGCGGCUGCAAAAGCCAUAAGCGUUUCAAUUAAACGCAAACUGUACAGAGCGUUUAUUCCAGCUGCAACUCAUUUCCUUUCGUUUACACUUGCUAACGUAAAGGAAGUAAACCGUCACAUUAAACGACCACCCCUUGAUCCAACGAAGAAACAUAGCAGUAGAAGAGAUACUAUUUUGGUGAAAGUUUGCGAACAAAAUCCCACAAAAUAGAAGCGAAAUAGAGUCAAAGUUUAAUAUAAUACACGAGCACAAAUAAUGGUGAUGGCACUGGUUUGCUUGCGCAGAAUGGUUGCGUACGAACAGCAAGACAGCUCAGCCGUAGAGCCGUAGAACGUUUCAAAGCGAAAUCAUCUAUAAAGUAAGAAGAAAACACACACACACAUUUUGCAAUGGGAAAUAAAAUUGCGCGAUACGCUUCCGGUGGUGUGCAAGCGGGUGGAAGCUUGCCGCAGUGCGAAUGAAGAAAUGCCAAUAGCAAUAUCAAUGGAAGUACCAACUAAAGAAAGCAAACCAAUUAUUACCAAAACAGAUGAACAUCCUCAAACACACACACACACACACACACACACACACACACACACACACACACACACACACACACACACACACACACACACACACACACACACUCUAACACACAAAACAAUCACACUAAAUCAAUAGCGUAACAUAACGGGGAAGCUGUGUAAUUCAAUUCAUUCAAUUUAUGCCUAGAAAAACAGAGAAAUACAGACGAGAGAGCGACAAGAUUAGACAAGUAAGGGUUGGCUUAUAAUGUAGCAGUACCACAUUUUACUACGUUUCUAUCGAGAAGGUGCUUAUUAACUGAAAAUACAAAUCUAAACUCACAGACACUACUCACACACGACUAAAGCGUACCCAAAGUUCCUUGCUGAAAGCUUACGACCAACCACCCAGAAACAAGAGAAGGAGGAAAAACACCUACUACACCGACUCAUACUCACUUACUUAAAGGGUUUCCUUUUUGAAUGUGGCUUUAAAAAAACAAGAGAAUGAAAGAGAAAUAGGGCCGCGAUUUAAAUUGUCGGUUUCUUCUGUUCAAUUCUGCUAGAGAAGAAAGAUCUUAAAAGCGAAGAACUGUAAUAAAUAGCCUUGCCCCCCACGCCGAAUGCCACAAUGCAUGAAGGGCAGUUCUGUGAUCUCGCUGACCAGAUGGAUACAUUUUUUUGCUAGUGUUUUCAUUUUCAUACGAUGCAAAAACCAGCACACAUUUUGCAAGUUUGUGCUAUUCUUUCUGCCAACAAAAGCUUGUUCUGUUUUUGCUGUGAUAAGGAAGACCAAUCAGCACCUUGCCGGCGAGCCUUUCAAUUAGAAGGAAACCCGGUUUUCUGAGCCCCUCUCCUAGUCGUGCUUAGCACCGCACACAACAAACGGAAAGCUUGCCUUGGAUGUGCAAGCUACACAAAUUGGACCAACGCUAGUUUAAGUCGCUCGUUUCCGCGCACCCGAAACAACCAACACACCAUUAGAUAGCACGAAUUUCUUCAGCCUACGUUUGAGUUAGCUUUAUAAAUUAUGCAUAAAUUGCCUCUUGAAAAUAAAUCACUUUGGCCUUAACGAAUGUAGCAAGCACAUCCAUGCUUUAUGAUUUGUAUUUUUGGAUUGGCAUAAAAUCGUAAAGUUACACACAGUUUCGAUGUCACUACUACUAGUAGCUAGCAAGAAUAGUGGGGGGAAAGAAAUCGUUCGUAAAGUACCAAAAAAAAUCACUUACAAACAUACACGUUAGCGAGCAAUUUAGUCCGGUUUCGAUUUGUACAGUGCGGCCACAGAAAGGACAAGCAAUAAAUGCUUAUUGGCAUUGGUCCCUUUCCACUUUUUUUCUCCGCAGAGCGGCUGGGAAGAGAAGAGAGCACAACACACGUUUGCCUACCAAUUAUCUACUUAAUUGCAUCGCACCUACACCACUGCUGAUCCGUACUGUCGCCCAAACAUCGAUUAGAAAGUCUGAGAGUAAAUGAAGAAGAUGGAAUUGCAAAAUUCCAUUUAAAAAAGUAAUGGAAGCAUGGUAUGGUCACUCUUUAGCCACCGUUGUUAGCCUGUUCUUUUCUAGAAGGUACUAACUGAAAGCGCAAAUAGAAAACUCACACAACACAACACUAUUCCAGUUGGAAAUGCCAAUCUCAACCGCGACAGUCGUCCGGAAGGGAUGUAGAGAAGGCAGAGAAUAGGACAAAUGAAACACAGAUAAAAAAACGAGACGCAGUCAAAACGAAUGAAUCUAUCUAAUGAGGAAGACAGAAGAAAGUAACACACGCUGAAACCAAGUGCUUAUUUUGCAUCAUUUGACAUAUCAAAACGUAGUGAAAGUGGAUGAGGUGGAUUAAGGAAAGCUAGUGAAUUGGGAAGCAAAAAAGAACAGGAGAGGAUCAAUCGGAAAACGAAACUCGAGAAACAUAAACAAACGCAUCUGAUGCUGAGAAAGGUUAAUAUAAUUAGCUAGCAGGGAGGAGAAUUAAAACUGUGAAAGUAUAUCACAAAACCAAGAAAAGAGAAGAGGGGAAGGAAAAAAAACAACACACUAAACUACUACUACUGAACGCCACUCUAAAACAAUCUAUCGCUUGAAUGCCUUUAAAAACUAUCGUAAAUAAAUAGGAAAGUGGGUUACAACGUUACGAGAUACGAAGGAAUACGAAAUGUCCCGUUAGUUGAUGACUUUUGUUCAGUUUACCUAAGCUGUUAAGGGAUAAGAGAGAAGGUACUGAAAGUACUUGCGCGAUGAUGUCUCAUUUUCUUUUCCAACUGCUCAACGAGAGUUUGUUAAUCGUCCUGUUUUUUUGUUUUCUUAUACCUACCAAUCUCCAUCAAUAACUGCUAGUGAACGUAACUAUUCUAAACUAAUUCUAAACACGCAGACGAAAACUCAUACCAUAUAGUUUAGCAAAAAAAAGAAAAAGAGGGGCUGAGCACAGAGGGUAGGCAAUCGUUUAUAUUCACCAUUAUGAAUCGAGCCGCUUGCGCUCUCUGCGCUGGCUAACAAAUUAGAUGAAGCUUAAGUUAAGAAGCACCUCAUCAUGUUAUAACUGCAUCCAAACCAACCUUACUUUCCAGAAGCUAAGAACCGAAAAGACAUUAACGAAUAGAGAUGCUUAGUUAAAGAGAGGAAGAGCAGCGGAGAAGGUUAAAUAAAGAAGGAGACACGUAGACAUAGAAGCUAUUACGUGCAAUGCUGAAACUUUGCAGCUGAAAGUAAAUAAAACAAAAAAGCGAAAAAGAAAACCGAAAAGAAAACACUUACACACUCGAAAACCAAUGUUUUGCAAACAAACCAAUUACUGUACGUAUGUAAAAAGUAUUUAAAGCGAACAGUGUUAGCUACAGUUUAAGCGCAGCCGUUUCGUGCCCGAUGGCACACAUUCAUAGAUGGCAUACUUAUACAGACACACACACACAAACAUAUAGAGUGUAUUUUGUAAAGUUAAUCAUAAGUAUGUUACACUCCUCUUCACACUACGCCACGUUACAGUCGCACAAUAUGACGUUCACAUACACACUCCUUCACUCAACACCAACUACAGGUAACAACCUACACCGUACUACUACCAUCACUACACUACGAGAUGACUUGUUGCUUUUUGGGGGUCUAUUUAGUCUUAGUGUUAAUUAAUAAUUGCCUAGAGUUGUAAUUGUUAUUUUAUUCAAAAAAAUAUGUUUCCUCUUCUAAAGCAACUUUACUACAUGUACGUGUGUAUAUGUUGGUUACAUCUUCUCUCUUCUUUGCCACGUAUCAUACAAAAUUGAUCCAACGCUACCUUCUUUUGCCUUUUUCUCUCCAUUUCGCUCUUUGAACACAAAGGACACACCAUUCUCAGACACAACCCACUACACGUGCACUCACCUACUCAACACACAACCCACGUACACACUACUCCAAAAACUAAGUGACAAAACAAAACAAAACUACGAAAAAAAACAAAUGAAUCAUGAAAACAUCUGUACAAGCAUACAAGGUUUAAAUAAUGAAUAUAAUAAACGAAAAAAAAACUACAGCUCAGCUAAGAUUGUGAUUUACCAAAGACGAUGACGCCGAGACGCCGCGAAGAAUUGUAGCGUGUAAGCCCAAUUUGUGCGUAGUGUGCGUAAUGCUUCGUGCCGGUAAAGCCGUACGAUGCAUGCAAUGCUCCCAAACAACAACAGCAACAACAGCAGCAAAGAAAGUAAAACAAAACAAACUUAAAAACAAAA